AUGGCAAAGUUUCUCGCCGAGCUCCUGGGCUGCACGUUGCCGGGCAAGGGCGCCUCUCCCACGCUGGAGUCCAAGAGUCACUCCCGGGCUGGCCUGAAAUCAAGCACGAAGCAAAAGACCACCGUUUUCAGCACAUUGGGCAGUGAGAAGUCCUUAUCUGACUGCAGAAAGGAACAGCAAUGGAAACCUUCAAUGUACAGCAGCAUAACCCCAGUCUGUUUUACAAGCCCUCUGAUUGAGAAGCCAAUUGACACAGAAAGCAUGCCUCAGACGCCUCCCUUUUCAGCCAUGUUUGACAGCAGUGGUUACAACCGAAACCUCUAUCAGUCUGCAGAGGACAGCUGUGGGGGGUUGUAUUACCAUGACAACAACCUCCUCUCCGGAUCUCUGGAAGCACUCAUCCAGCAUUUAGUACCUAACGUGGAUUACUAUCCGGAUAGAACGUACAUUUUUACCUUUCUACUCAGUUCUCGGUUAUUUAUGCAUCCGUAUGAGCUAAUGGCCAAAGUUUGCCACUUAUGUGUUGAGCACCAGAGACUAAAUGACCCAAACAGCGAUAAGAACCAGAUCAGAAAAAUUGCACCCAAAAUCCUUCAACUUCUGACAGAAUGGACAGAAACGUUCCCUUAUGAUUUCCGGGAUGAAAGGAUGAUGAGGAACUUAAAAGAUCUGGCUCACCGAAUAGCCAGUGGCGAGGAGACAUAUAGGAAGAACGUCCAGCAGAUGAUCCAAUGUCUAAUCCGCAAGCUUGCUGCCCUCAGCCAGUACGAGGAAGUCCUGGCGAAAAUCAGCUCCACAUCUACAGACCGGCUCACAGUUAUCAGGACGAAGCCACAGUCCAUACAGAGGGACAUCAUCACUGUCUGCAGUGACCCUUACACGCUGGCCCAGCAGCUGACUCACAUAGAGCUGGAAAGGCUCAAUUACAUCGGACCAGAAGAAUUUGUUCAGGCAUUUGUGCAGAAGGACCCUUUGGACAAUGACAAGAGUUGCUACAGUGAACGGAAGAAAACACGGAAUUUGGAGGCUUACGUGGAAUGGUUCAAUCGCCUCAGCUACUUGGUUGCAACGGAAAUCUGCAUGCCAGUGAAGAAGAAGCACCGGGCACGGAUGAUUGAGUACUUCAUUGACGUCGCUCGGGAGUGUUUCAACAUCGGCAACUUUAAUUCCUUAAUGGCAAUAAUCUCUGGCAUGAAUAUGAGCCCCGUGUCCCGACUAAAGAAAACCUGGGCCAAAGUGAAGACGGCGAAGUUUGACGUUCUCGAGCAUCAGAUGGACCCUUCCAGUAAUUUCUGUAACUAUCGAACGGCUCUUCGUGGGGCAGCGCAAAGGUCUUUAACUGCUCACAGCAGCAGAGAGAAGAUUGUGAUCCCAUUCUUCAGUCUUUUAAUCAAAGAUAUUUACUUCCUCAACGAGGGCUGUGCCAACCGCCUUCCAAAUGGCCACGUCAACUUUGAAAAAUUUUGGGAACUGGCCAAACAAGUGAGUGAAUUCAUGACGUGGAAACAAGUGGAAUGUCCCUUUGAGAGGGACCGGAAGAUCUUGCAGUAUCUGCUCACAGUGCCAGUCUUCAGUGAAGACUCUCUGUACUUGGCUUCCUAUGAGAGUGAAGGACCUGAAAAUCAUAUAGAGAAAGACAGAUGGAAGUCUUUAAGGUCGAGCCUUUUAGGCAGAGUUUAA